AUGACCAAUGCGCCUACAGUGUUCAUAGAUUACAUGAACAGAAUCUUCCAUGAGUUUUUGGAUAAGUUUGUGGUGGUGUUCAUUGAUGACAUCCUGAUUUAUUCAAAGAAUCAGGAAAAGCAUGCCGAGUACUUAAGGAUUGUGUUGCAAAUUUUGAAGGAGAGACAAUUGUAUGCAAAAUUCUCCAAGUGUGAGUUCUGGCUGUCAGAGAUCCAGUUUCUGGGCCAUGUAGUAUCGAAGGAAGGAAUCAUGGUAGACCCUGCAAAGGUGGAAGCAGUAGUUAGGUGGCAAAGGCCGAAGAAUGUGACUGAGGUGUGUAGUUUUCUAGGACUAGCAGGCUAUUAUAGAAAGUUCAUUGAGAGAUUUUCUAAGAUAGCUUUGCCCUUAACGAAGCUGACCAGCAAAGGAAGGGAGUUUAAGUGGACCAAGGGGUGUGAGACUAGUUUCCUAGAGUUGAAGAUAAAGUUGACUUCAGCACCUGUGUUAAUUUUGCCCGAACCAGAGCAGAAGUUUGAUGUAUACUGUGAUGCGUCUAGACAUGGACUCGGGUGUGUUCUAAUACAAGAUGGGCGAGUGGUUGCUUAUGUCCGCAUGAAGUCAACUAUCCAAUGCAUGAUUUGGAGUUAG